AGAGAACAAUUGCCAUGAUUAAGGGGAACAGUCGUCCUUUAAAGUGGCCAAUAAAGGUCAAUGGAUGAAUCUGAAGUUGCUCUUACAAUGUAUUUAUUAUCAAAUCACUACAUCAAUCAGAGAAUACUUUAACCUUGCGAGAAGCUACGUGUCACUCAUAAAUAGACGUGGAAAUCCUGCGUAUAUUAUAUUGGCCAACAAUGAACACUACGUCAUUGUGCACGAGGACAACUGUGCCAAGGGAAAUCUAUAGAAGACAGUCUCUAUAGAGAAAAUUAUCAUGUAGAUGGUUUAUUACUAAGUUGGCCUUUGAGAGCUCAUCUUGCAACCACUAUGCUGUUAUAGAUAAUAGCGUUGGGCGAUAUUGAAUCACAAGGACAUUUACCCUGCUCUGAUUUGGAUCAUCUAUAUUCAGUGGCAUUACAUCGUUUUUUAUUCAGCGUGAAAUUGAUUACAACCACUCGAGAUGACUGAUUUUGACGAUCGAGCUAGAUAACAAUGUUCAUCGACUGUUGCAAGGUGAUCACAUAUUGGAUCUAACUACAUCAACGAUUUGGAUUACUUUAUUUUGAUUAACAAGUUAACUGCAAAUUGAAUCCAGUGUUGAAUGUGUCCAUAUGUCGAUGCUCUACUCACAUCAAGCACGAGAAUCAGGAAUACCAGUAUAUCAUACUACUGAGAAUUAAUUAAAAAGCCUGGUUGUACUACUUAAUAGUUACCCGAGGAGAUUUACACACGAUUGCUAGCACACAUCUAUAAAUGCUGUCAUGUCUUUGACACAUGAGAUUAUAACUUACCAUGCAUAACGAAUGGUGGGUAAUAAGACAGUUGUGAAAAAACGAGAGAUGCGCAGUGGAUCGAUCGUUGAAUAAGUGUGCUGUCUAAUACCACUAGAAUGAUUCAAAGGCUCAACAACUACCUCAUUGACUUUUAUCGGCGUUUCGAAAGGCGUUUGACAGUCAUUAUGUAUCAGUUUGGCACACCAUGGAUGUCGCAUGCCGGCAGUUUGCAGCUGGUAAAAGCCUUCAUAUUUGUCUUCCAAUUCUAAAAGACAACACAGCAUCAAAUCAGGAGUAUAAUCUAUCAGGGGACGAGACCACAGACCUCAGCAUGUUGCUCUCAUCCUACCAUCACCCCCAUCUGCAGGGGAGCCAUGGGACUUAUAGCCACAAUCGCAGGAAAAUAGUGGGAGCCGAGUCUAUGGCCUCAGAUUUGCAACCCGAGUUACCAUUCGGACACAACUGCAGUACAGAGGGUUGUGAGUGGGUGCGCAUUAAUGUGAGUGGACUAUAUUUUGAAACGAGGCUAGUUGUGCUCAAUAGACAUCCAAACAGUGUCCUUGGUGACCCAGAAAAACGUGAUAAAUAUUAUGACUCCAAUCGUAUGGAAUAUUUCUUUGAUAGACACAGACCAUCGUUUGAAGCGAUAUUUACUUGGUACCAAAAUGGUGGAAAAUUAAGACGACCACAAAACAUUCCAGAUGAAAUAUUCCUUACAGAGGUUGGGUUUUUUGAACUUGAUAAGGAAAUUGUGGAAGAUUAUAAAAAGGAUGAAGGAUAUGCUGAAGAGGAGAUCAUUCUUCCAGAGAACGAGAUACUCAAGACAAUUUGGAUGUUAUUUGAGUAUCCAGAGACCUCAAGGUUAGCUUUCAUAAUAGGAAUAUUAUCAUGUCUUUUUACAAUGACUUCCAUAGUGCUUUUCUGUGUAGAGACACUUCCACAUUACUCCAAUGACACGUGUAGUGGUCCAGAUGAUCCACCAAGUUUCGUGGACCCCUUCUUUGUAAUCGAAACGAUGUGUACGGCAUGGUUCACAAUAGAAUUCAUCAUUAGAUUAAUAUCGAGUCCAAACAAGCUAAAGUUUUGGAAGGAUGUCAAAAACUUAGUGGAUUUGACUGCAGUCGUACCAUACUAUGUGACAUUGAUAAAUGUUAUAAUUACAAUGACGUGCGAGAGCUCAAAGACUAGCUCAUCUCUAGCGUUCCUGAGAGUCAUCCGUCUCGUGAGGGUAUUCAAGCUCACAAAACACUCUGCUGGGCUACAAGUCCUUGUCCUUACCUUUAAAGCUUCCAUGGGUGGCCUUGGCCUCUUUGUGAUCGCAUUGUUCGUAUGCACAUUGGUAUUUUCAUCAACUAUAUAUUACAUGGAACUAGGCAUCCCUGGUUCAGAGAUCAACAGUAUUCCGGAUGGCUUCUGGUGGGCGGUUAUCACUAUGUCAACAGUUGGGUAUGGGGACAAGGUGCCGAAAGGAACAUGGGGUAAAAUAGUGGGAUGUGUAUGUGCACUUUCAGGACUUUUAACGUUAGCAAUACCUGUGCCUAUUAUUUUAGAGAAUUUCAUCAAGUUUUAUGCACACAAAACUGGUCGAGGUCGGGUUGGAUGAUAUCGAGCCCAUCUUGACCUGAGUCGUCCAGAUUACUGCUGUUUGCCAAAACUCACGAACCCAAAUAAAGAUGAUUGAUUACCCAAAUAUGGAGACACGAUGCAAUAAUGGAGGCUACAUUAUAACAUAUUAGCCAGCUUGGCGUUUCAUUUCCUUUUGUAUCAUUGGCAAAUAUAGCUCAUGAAACUACCAAAGACUAUUCAAAACCUUAAUUAGGUUGGUGCUAAUGACACCAUCAAGUGUUAAUACACAUAAUUGUAAGUUGUAACUCCUGAGUUAAAUGGAUCAUCUUUAGAUAAAAAGUGAGAAGAUGCAUGCAUCCCUAUAUCUAUAUAGUUCCAGAGAAAAUGAGAAAGUGGUACACGUCUAUCUGGUGUUUGUAUGCCCUUAGGAAAAUAAAAUGAUGUUAGUUCAAUUCAAAGAUAAUUGCAAUAAUCCUAAAGUAGUGAAUAAAACCCAAAGUGGAACUCUGAACUUUGAAUAACAUUGUUUUGAGAUUAACAUCGUCAUUUCGAAUGAAAAGAUAUAAGACCCAAUUGGGUAUUCCAUAAUCGUUAUAAAGUGCAUCCCAUUUUAGCGGUGUACCCAAGAGUCCCCCAUUUUCUUGAUGCAUUUAGA